AUGGCAAACCAAGGAGAACAAGAGAUGCGAACUCUGGGAGAAACAGCAGAAAUGUUGAGAGACAAAGUACUACAAAUAGAGAAGCACCUCCAAGAGAUAGGGAGGAAAAUUGAAGAAGUGGACCGACUGCUUGAGAUGAGAAGGGACUCCAAGGGGAAUGGAGGAAAGCAAAGGAGCUGGAUUAGAUCAUUGGUGACAGACCCACAAGGGGAGUCAGAGCCUCAACAGGAAGCCUCUGAACUAGUCGAAGAGGAAGAGCCCAAGGAAGAGGAAGAAGAUCCUCAGAAUAUAGAGAGAGAGGAAUCAGAACCCGUUGACGUGGGAGCUGAGAGGGAAGAAGAACCAUUCGGGAUGUUCCCGGAGUUCGCAGAGUUUGAGAAUGAGUCAAAUGAAGAAUCUGACUAUUAUGCCCCGACCAACGAAGGAUCCAAAGCUGCAUUAGCACCCCUCCCAGACAAAGGUAAAGAGAAAAUGAAUGGUACUCCCAAGAACAGAACUGAGCUCGCUCUUCGCGACAGGGAUACCCAAGAUCCGCAAGAAGUAUCGUCCCAAAAAGAUGUAAUCGCGACACUGCUAACCGCCGUUACGGCUCUACAAGAAAAGAUAGCACGGAAUGAGGCAACGAAUGCAGGCAAGGAUGCCUCGACAGAGGAAAGAAGGCCUCCUCCUCCAUUUCCUUCUCUGAGCUCGACAAUACCCGAUCACUUCCCCAUAUACCUGCCAGGAACCAUCCCACCUCCACUGAGCUCCACCAAUCUAAAUUAUGUUGGAACUUAUUACCGCACUCCUCUCCCAUCAAAAUGCACUCAAGUCCCAGGGACCACCCACUCAUUCCCUUCUUACUAG